AGAGCCUUACGCUUAGGCGCCUUGAGGGGCAGGCGAAGAGGCCGCGGGGAACGCGGGCUCCCCGAAGAGCUGGCGAUCCCUCGGGAGUGAGCAGAUCUCCCCGCGCGGUGCGGAGCUCCGGCAGCAGCAUGGGGAGGGGACCGGGUCAAUGGGGGCUGCACGCUGCCCGAGCCGCUCGGGCACUGUCCGGGGCCCUCAGGCCUGUGAAGGGAGGGGAGGGGGGCUUCUCCGGCAGCAGGCUCCGAGACACGCCGACCCCAGGCAGGGAGGGUUCCCAGGGGCAGCAUCUCUCGAGACCGUUACCUCCUGACUCCCGAGAGGUGCCCCCCCCCUUUCCUCUUUUUCCCGUAGUUCGUGCUGUGGCUGCGGCAUGUUCAUAGUCCCCGGCGUGUUUUGCGUGGGCUCCCCCCUUCCUCUAAGAUAGCCGGCUAGCUCAGAAAGAAGUGGUCCCCAGAGUACACUGGAGAACUUCCAGUGCAAGACUGCACAUGUUAACCCGAGGCACCUUUCUGUUAGAACUCUCGAGUUCGAGUGCCUAAUAUAAGUUUAAACUUAGAGCCCUUUUUCUGUUGCUAAUUUAUUUGCGGGACCUUAAGCAGAUCACUUGACUUCCUUCUCUCGACAAACUUUUCUCAUAUAUAAAAGGAGAGGAUUGUACUCUUAUUUCCAAAAGUCUUUUCUAACACAAAAAAUCUAUGAUUCAUUAGCUCAGUCACAAAGCUUGGGACCCAACGAGAACAGGGAAUGGAGAAGCUUGGCAAAUAACCUACCAGUUAAGUGAGCUCUGGAGAGCAGCCUACCGAUUCCUAAAAUCCCAUGCCACACUCAGGUGCUGCUCUCCAUGGUGCUGUUUUUUAUGUGAUCUCAAUGUUGUUCUGGGUUCUGAUUAGUUCUGGGGACAAACAUAAUUUGGUAUCAUAAUGGAGUGAUAGGUAGAGACUGACCUUUAUUGAAGAGGGCUGGGAGAGGAAAAAACAAGGAGGUAUUUUAUGCUGCUCUACAGGGAUUUGAGAUGGGUUAACAUCCCUCAGGUAAAAUCUGUUGAUGCUAUUGUGUCUCUCUGUACCUAGAGCCCUCUGAAAGAAUUCCCCUCUGUGGUGCCUAGCCAGAGGCAAGAAUUAGCUUGCCAGGGGGGGAAAAAGGAAGAGAUACGACCAUAAGAACAAAACCUCUUCUUGAACUGGACAAUGGCUGUAGUUUUGGACUCCCAGGUCCAGGCUCCCCAAACACAAGACGGGUUCCUAAUAGUGAAACUGGAAGAUGAUUCCUACGGGCAUCAGGAAUCUUUCCUUCAUGGAAAUGACCAAGGUCCUGAGGUUUCCUGUCAGCGUUUCUGGCAAUUCCGCUACCAGGAGGCAGCAGGGCCACGUGAAGCUUUGAACCAGCUCCGAGAACUCUGUCGUCAGUGGUUGAGACCAGAGAAGUGCACCAAAGAGCAGAUCCUAGAGCUGCUGGUGCUGGAGCAGUUCCUGACUGUUCUUCCUAGAGAAAUCCAAACCUGGGUUAGAGAACAACAUCCAGAGAAUGGAGAGGAGGCGGUGGCCCUGGUGGAAAAUCUGCAAAGAGAACCUGGCAGGUCAGGGCUGAAGGUCCCAGUCGUUAUGAAAGGGCAGGAAGUACCCACAGAGAUGGUAACAGCUGCAGGAUCAGUACCCAAUUCACUAAGUAUCCAUCUGAAGCAAACACAGACAAAAUCCAAAUGUACAUUCCAGGAGAACGCAGAGAGAUUACACCUAGAACCAGAGAAAGAGCUGAGCUGUGAUCCUAAAAUAGAGCCCCAUUCCCUUCAAGAGAGUGCUCUACCUACUUGUCAGGUACUUGAUCUUCCUUUGGAGGCAAGUAGUGGUAACCAAGAGAUGGUGGGCAGGUCUCAGGAGCUGGUGACUUUUGGAGAUGUGGCCAUAUACUUCUCACAGGAGGCACAGGGGCAGUUGGACCCAGCUCCACAGAACCAAAAUCAAACUCAGGAGAAUUAUGAGAAUGAUGUCUCACAGAGAUUUCCAGUUCCCAGACCCAAUAUGAUCUUUCAGUUAGAGCAAGAGGAGAAACAGCAGAACCCAGAUCUUCAAGGCUCUAAGGAGAAGGAAAAUUCAAGAGAUUCUCGAAUGGGUCCAGAACGAGCAAAACUUGGUCAAGGACCAGUAAUGAAAAAAGUCAAACACUGGGAAGAUCUCGAGCGUCAGGGCUUGGAAGAUGAGAAGGUGGCAGGUGUACACUGGGGCUAUGAGGAAACCAAAAUUUUCCUAGGGAUUCUCAGUGAGUCUUGGAUUUAUGAAAAACUCCGAACUUGUCACCGGAACCGUCAGGUAUACCGGAUUGUAGCCGAGCGACUACGUGAGAGAGGCUUCCUCCGGACUCUGGAACAAUGUCGAUAUAGAUUUAAAAACCUUCAGACAAACUACCGCAAAGCAAGAAGCACCCACACCCCAGGAACCUGCCCAUUCUAUGAGGAGAUGGAUGCUCUGAUGAGCCCCCGUGUUGCUGUCACCACCCCAGAGGUGGAAGGGGAUUUCUUUGGGCAGGGGGACCAUGAUAUUGAAACUGAAGAACUUGAGAAGGAUAGUUGGGAACAUGAGGAGAUAGCAAUGGCAGGGGUUGUGUUAGAGGAUGGGUCCAGGGAACUGGACCUGGGCCAUACAGCAGCAUCUUUGGAAGAACUUCAUUCAGGGGCUGUAACAGAGGAUUCUGAUGGUGAGGAAUUGGGUAAUGAUGAGCCAUCUGAAAGCCCCAGUACCCCAAGCCUGUUUCGAAGUGCCACAGGAGUGCACUGGGGAUAUGAAGAAACCAAGAUUUUUCUGGGGAUUCUUGGUGAGCCUCGUAUUUAUGAAAAACUCCGGACCUGUCAUAGGAACCGUCAAGUGUACAGGAUUGUGGCUGAACGGCUUCGUGAAUGUGGCUUCCUUCGAACUCUGGAGCAAUGUCGUUAUAGAUUUAAAAACCUUCAGACACACUACCGAAAAGCAAGAAGUGGCCACACCCCAGGGACCUGCCCCUUCUACGAGGAGAUGGAUGCCCUGAUGAGUCCCUGGACCACCAUUACUCCCUUUGAUGUUUUAGAGAUGGCAGGGGGUCUUCUAAAAGGGAAAGCUGAAUCCAAGGAGAGCAUCGAUUGGGAGAAUCAGGAGACAAUAACAGAAGAUGGCAACCAUGUGGAUGUGGAAGCAUCACCAAAGGAGCUCAAGAGCUUGAAGUCACAGGAGCUAUUUCAGAAUCCCAGUGAACUUCCCAUUCCCAAGCCAGAUUCAAACUCCAAGCCAGAGAGCAGGGAAGAGCUAUGGGACAUCAGUCUCCAGGAUUCCAAGGAAAUUCAGAGAACUUCCCAUACAGAUUUUGAAGUGAGUAAUGAGAAUGAGGAGAAUCCGAGCCAGGAAAUUUCUGAGGAAAUAGAACUACAUGCAACAUUACUGGGAAGCCCUCAAAGUAAUGUUUCCCAUUAUCUUAAUUGGAGGAAAGCCUGGGAAAGUGAAUACCAAACUGAAAAGCAAUGGGAAAUGCUCCCAGGGGAGGCACAAGGACCCCCAUCUCCUCAGGAAAGAAAUCUAGGCAAUUUUAUAGGUCUUCAGGGAACCUACAUCAGAGAAAACCCAAACACAUGUUCUGAAUGUGGAAAAAACUUCAGUCAGAGCUCACACCUUGCUGUUCAUCGAUUAGCUCACAUUGGUGAGAAGAAAUCAUACAAUUGUGAUGAGUGUGGCAAGACCUUUGGUCGAAGUUCACAUCUUCUUUGCCAUCAAAGAAUCCACACAGGAGAAAAGCCUUACAGAUGUCCUGAGUGUGGAAAAGGCUUCAGCGAUCACUCUAACCUCACAGCACACCAAAGAAUCCAUUCAGGAGAAAAACCCUAUAAAUGUGGUGAAUGCUGGAAAAGCUUCAAUCAGAGCUCAAGCCUUAUUAUGCAUCAGAGAAUUCACACAGGCGAAAAACCCCAUAAGUGCAGUGAAUGUGGAAAAAGCUUCACUAAUAGCUCACAUUUCAAUGCUCAUUGGCGGACCCACACAGGUGAAAAACCCUACCAGUGUCUUGAAUGUGGAAAAAGAUUCAGCAAGAGUUCUACCCUCACCAGCCAUCAGAGAAUACAUACAGGAGAAAAACCCUAUGAAUGUCUUGAAUGUGGGAAAAGUUUCAGUGAUCGCUCAAAUCUCAUUACACAUCGACGAAUUCAUACAGGAGAGAGACCCUAUAAGUGUGGAGAGUGUGGGAAAAGCUUCAAUCAGAGCUCCAGCCUUAUUAUACAUCAGAGAAUACACACAGGAGAAAAACCCUAUGAAUGUAGUGAAUGCGGGAGAAGGUUUAAUAACAGCUCACACUUUAGUGCGCACCGUAGAACACAUAUGGGAGAGAAACGCUGACCAGCACCAAAUGUUGGGGAGGUAUCAAUAAAGCUUCAAGUUUCAAAUACCAGGUAAUCAACUCCAAAAGAAAAGUUUCUAUUGCAUUUAAUUCUGUACCACAUCUGAAAAAGCAAUUGAGGUUCACUACCCAACAGAAAUGUUUCUCUUUUAUUAAAAUGCACACUUGUCUUAGAAAAUAUUCUUCAUAAUUCUCUUUUAAAUGAUGUUGAAACUGAAGCCAUGUUUCCAAAGCCAUUCGAGACCAGAGUUCUUUUCUUACUCUCAUUGUCUCACUGUGUGACUGUGCCUUACCUUCUACACCUCAGAAAUAGGAAGAGGCCAGUCCUAUCCUUGAACACCCUCCUUGCCUGGAGAAGGAAGUGGGAUUGUCACCAUCAGAGUAGUGACAAUGACAGUCAUAUAACCUGCUUCCACAGCAGAACUAUGGACCCACAGUGAGUGUGCAGUUAUUGCCAUCCAGCAUCAUUUGAAGACACAAAUGAAGAGAGGUCACAUCUCUUAGGGUCUCUUCCAAGGAAGGGUGGAAGCAAAGAUCAUUGCCAGAGGCUGGUGUUCUCUAAAUGACUAUAGACACCACCUGCCAACUUGGUGUUUCUUUAUUUAAUGAGGUAUGGCUACGAGUAAAGGUACUAUGUUUGAUUAAAGUCAGUAGCCAUCAUAUUAAGUGCCUACUGCCUAUAAAGUGCUGCACUAUGCACUAUAAGUACAAAAAGAAUUUCUCCAAAUUACAGCUAUGUUUCCAUAGUGUUAGUCUUUGGUUUGAAACCCAGUGUUGUAUCUAAGAUAAUGUUCACUAGGUUAUGUAGAAGAGACAAAGCAGAUGGUUUCUUGAGCUGUGGGAAAGAGUUUCCUGGAAUGUGCCCUGAGCAAUAAGUAACAGGCAAAGUGUCUUUAAGAUUGACUUAGUAUGAGGACAAGCCUCUGAGUCCCCUGGACUACAAAUAGGCUGAACACCCCUCCUCCUCCUCCUCCUCCUCCCUUCAUCAGUCCCAUGACGGACACCUGUGCCACCAAACAUCAAGAUGAAGGGAGUCAGGUUGGGCUCAGCACACAGACUCAGGUGUCACUUCUAGAAAGAUGAAAAAUUCUGAAGGUGAAGCUGUUUCCAUACCCUGCCUCUGGGAAUCUGAAAGUUUUAGGAGGCUUCAGAACCAACAACAAUUUCCCUUUCUCUUAA